AUUUUGGCGCAAUUGUGAAUGGCUCAGAAUGAUAAUAUUGUUUACAUCGGAAACAUCUGAGGCGCUCUCAAAUCAGCUGGUCAACUACCAAGUGCACCAGUCAUGUAUAAUUGGCUAUGAACUUAAGGAAUGUUAAUAAAUUUAUUAAUAAUGAAAGCUCAGUGGGUUAGUCGUCAAACAAAAGCAUUACAAGCAAUCAGUCUACUACGUAACGCAAGAUUAUUACAACAAAGCACGUUAUGUCAAAAGCUGAGCACAGAUGCUGGUAACGCCGUUAAGCCGCUAAACCCACGGCAAACAUUUCUAGCAAAAGUAGCAGCGGGACCAGGGCUGCAGGAAUUUUUCAACGUCAAGCGAGUGCCCACACAUACCGACGAUGAUAAAAAAGAGGAGUUUCAAGUGCCCUACUUAAUACCGGAAAACUACAGUGGUCAAGGGCGCAAAGUAUUUUUUGAAGUUUACGGUUGUCAAAUGAACACCAAUGAUACCGAAGUGGUAUGGGCUGUUCUGCAGCAAAACGGAUACCAGCGUUGCCAGGAGGCGCAACUGGCUGAUGUUAUUAUCUUGGUGACCUGCGCUAUACGUGAUGGUGCCGAACAGAAAAUCUGGAAUCGCCUAAAACACUUGCAUGCCAUGAAGGAGCGACGUUCGCCACGUAUUGGACCCUUGCAAAUUACUGUUUUAGGAUGCAUGGCUGAACGUCUUAAAGAGCGUUUACUUGAACGGGAGAAAUGUGUUGAUGUAAUUGCUGGACCAGAUAGCUACAAAGAUCUUCCACGCUUACUGGCGGUGUCGCGACAUUAUCAACAAUCUGCUAUUAAUGUGCUACUCUCACUGGAUGAGACAUAUGCCGAUGUGAUGCCAGUACGACUAAAUGCCGAAUCGCCAACUGCCUUCGUUUCGAUAAUGCGUGGCUGUGACAAUAUGUGUUCUUACUGUAUUGUUCCGUUUACACGUGGCCGUGAACGUUCACGCCCAAUCGAGUCAAUAGUACAAGAAGUCCAAGCAUUGCGAGAUAGUGGCGUUAAAGAAGUCACAUUGCUAGGUCAAAAUGUCAAUAGCUAUCGGGAUAUAAAUACAGCUACUGAUAUUAAAGAGGAAUUGGCAAAUAACAAAAUAGCACCUGGUUUCAGCACGGUAUAUAAGCCAAAGAUUGGAGGAAUGCGCUUUGAUGAAUUACUGCGCCAAGUAGCUGAAGUAGCGCCUGAAAUGCGCAUACGUUUCACUUCGCCACAUCCCAAAGACUUUUCCGAAGACGUGUUACGGGUGAUACGUGAUUAUCCGAAUGUUUGUAAAAAUUUACAUUUGCCUGCACAGUCGGGGAAUGAUGCUGUAUUGGAUCGAAUGCGACGCGGUUACACAAGAAAUGCGUAUCUAAAGUUGGUUGACACAAUUCGAACUAUCCUGCCAAAUGUUGGUCUCUCCAGCGAUUUUAUUUGUGGGUUUUGUGGAGAGACUGAGGAUGAAUUCAAAGAUACAUUAACCCUUAUGAAACUAGUCCGCUAUAAUGUAGCUUUCCUAUUCGCAUAUAGCAUGCGUGAACGGACGACUGCACAUCGACGUUACAAAGACGAUGUUCCAGCUGCCGUUAAAAUAGAGCGAUUACAACGAAUGGUUCAGGUGUUUCGUGAAGAAGCUACCAAUUUGCACAAACUUUUCGUUGGGCGUGAGGAGCUGAUACUUAUAGAGGGGAAAAGCAAGAGAUCAAACGAAUGCUGGUUCGGGCGAAAUAAUGCUAACAUCAAAGUCAUUGUACCAAGCAUGAUGCUUACCGACGAUACAGGAGUCAAAAGAGAAAUUACCAUAGGAGAUUUUGUUGUAACUAAGAUCAACGAAUCUAAUUCUCAGGUGCUUAAAGGCAGACCACUCUACAUUAGCUCAAUCGGACAGUUUGAUUCAAAGAGCUCUUAAUAUAAAUAAAAAUUUAAUCUGUUAAAUAGUUUUAAAUUUACCUUUUUUAAUUUGUGUUAGUUAUUCUAUAAAUCCAUUUGUUCUGAUUUCAA